AUGGCAACAGCUGGAAAGGUAGGUGUGUGUGUGUGUGUGUGUGUGUGUGUGUGUGUGUGUGUGUGUGUGUGUGUGUGUGUGUGUGUGUGUGUGUGUGUGUAUUGGAAAGUUUUGCAUGCCCAUGAUAGUUCAUUUUACUCUCAAGCUCUCAACAUUGAAAAUAAGAUAACUAUGUCUUCCUCUUUUCUUUCUUUCUCUUCUUACUCUGUCAAAUACUGAAAGUCUGAUUCUGAUUAGACACAAAGCUUGACAUUCCAGACAGUGUUGUGCAACUGUGGCUAUUGGCAUAGAUGAGGGAAUUUAAGGCCAAAAACAGUCAUGGAGGAAGACAAGGAGUGCUUCCACAGUCGAAGACAAAAAAAAAAAAAAAGCCAUAAAAGCAGACUGGUUCAUCUAAGUCAGUAACAAUGACAGAUUCACUCUGUGGUUUACUCAUAUGAAAUUGAAAUACUGUUUAUGUAUUUUUAAAAGGUUGGUAUAAAACUUCUGCUUUGAUGUCUGCUUUUGAAAAACCACCGUAUCAGAUAAUGAGAACCCACUGAACCCUGCUGUUACAUAAUGAAAUGUGUUUGGUGUUUACAGUGAUGAUAGUUUGCAUGGAUGCAUUUAAAUAAAUCUGAUGCCUCCGGACCAGUUUUUAUUGACAUCCUUGCACAAGGACUAUGGCUCAUAUUUUAUUGCUUACUGAUGGUGCCAAAAAAUGCACCCAGGCUGUCUUCACUAGUUUGGCUCAACUUUGGUCGGGUGCUUUGCUGUAUUUCUCUGCUUCUCUCUAUUUCCUCAACUGUUCUUUCUUUUCUUCUUUUUCUGUCUUUUUCUUCCGGUCUGCUUCCCCUACUAAUGUUUGUACAGUCUUUUCUGCCAUGCUAAUGAAAACCCUCCUCAAAUUAAGCAUCCACACUCAAAGAGACUAACAGAAUGCCUUUCUAAAAUUGAUCCAAGAAGCACAAUCUAAUUUUGCAACAAUGAUAGCUAGUGGUGAUGUAAAACUGAGGAAGAGUCACUGUCAUUUAGGUCAUCAAGUGUAAGGCAGCAGUCGCCUGGGAACCCAACAAGCCUCUGGUGAUAGAGGAGAUUGAGGUCGCCCCGCCUGAGGCAAAUGAGAUCCGCAUCAAGGUGAGAGAUAUCUACUUUUAAGGUUUGCACAGGCACUGAACUGACUUACUGUCUAAACUCGAAAGUUUAGACAGUAAGUCAGUUGUGGAAGUAGAAAGUACUUAUAACUUAACACAUACAUCUCUUCUAAAACCUCUAAUUUUGAAAUAGGCAGUUUUAGAUUCUUUGAUGCAGAUGUAUAAACUUGGACUUCCAGGACUCUGAUUUUUGUCACAUGAAAUGACUCAAAGGACUCAAAGAAAGGAAAGACAAAUCUGUAGCUGACUGAUAAUUAAGCUGACCUCCAGUUUUUCAGUACAUUAUAUUGAGUUUUUAACUGAAACUAAGGCCCAUCUGGUAAACUCUCCAGAGACUGAUUCAUAUUAAAGAAAACCAACCAAAAGUAUUUGUAUUGCUCUUGUUUUGCAGAGUGAAGACUGUAAGUUUGUUGUUACAUAACAGUGCUAGUAAUGCCAAUUAGAGCAAAAGUUCAAGUUAGAUAUUGAAUGGGUUUCACAUGAAUUGCUGGCAUGGAAGGUUAUCCACCUGCAUUUCAGGGAAGGGACUACAGCCAUGUUUUCCUAACUCUAACUUAAGCAGCAGUGUGAUGAAUGGGCUAUGAUCCUGUGAAUAGUUUAAAAUGAAAAAGAGUUUUUAAAACAAAAACUGAUCCUAGCUUUGAAAGAAAUGCUUGGUUUUUACUUGAGAUGUAAGUGAGAAUGGCCAAGAUUUUUUCCUUUUUUUUAUGCAGUGUCAUCUCGUGAUAAUGACUUCCUCUUAUCCUAAUAUAAUAAAGUUUGUUUUCUUAUGAUAAGGAUUAUUUUUCGUUGACUUCCUGUUAUCCUAAUAUAACAAAGUUCGUUUUCUCAUGAUAAGGAUUAUUUUUCGUUAUCUCGACAUAACUCAGAUUGUGUUUCCAUGAUAAAGGAAAUGCAAUUUCCAUAAUCUCAAGAAAAUUAUCUGUUAUGUUGCGAUAAUGGGAAAAAAAAUUAUCACGCAAAAACAAACUUUGUUAUACCAAGAUAACAAGACAAUUAGUCAUCGCACCAAGAUAACAGUGCAUGAAAAAAAAGAAAAUCCAUGGCCAUUCUUGUCUUCAAUAAAAGUGAGUUCUCAACCUACUUGCUAAUAUUAACAUUUCAAAGCACAUAAACUGUUUGUUUAUUUGUAUAUUUUCUUUAAUGUUUCCGACCCCCAUUUGUACUGCUGUAAAUUUCUAUUGUAUGACCAAAACUUGAAAAUGCCCGAGUUAAAAGUCAACCAAGUUAACCAUAGCAACAUGCUCGACCAUUAAGAAAAACUAACCAGUGUAUUUUUCUUUAUGUGGUCAUUGUUCUGGUCCAGGUUGUGGCAACAGGAGUGUGCCACACCGAUCUGUAUCACAUGUUUGAGGGUAUGCAUAAGGAUGGCUUUCCUGUAGUGCUUGGUCAUGAGGGAGCCGGCAUUGUAGAGAGCACUGGGCCUGGAGUCACAGAAUUCCAAGUUGGUCAGUCAGUACUCGGUUAUCUGGUUUAUCCACUUUUUAUUUAUAUAUUUUUUUUUCAUUUAAAACUGAAAUACAGUAACAGUCACAUUGCUUUUAAAUUCCAGGGGACACUGUGAUUCCUCUGUUCAUCUCCCAGUGCAGGGAGUGUCGCUUCUGUAAGAGCCCAAAGACCAACCAGUGUGAGAAAGGAUGGUAAGCUCAUGUUUUUUCAUCUCUUAACUUUAUUGAUCUGUUGUGUUUCAGUGAGCUCUUAAGCUAAGAGUAAGUCCUCUUAAGCUAACUUAACAUCUUAUUUACUUUUUCUCUUUACAAAGUGUUAUUUCAACUGGUCAACUAGUCAAACAAUGCCAGAAUUUAGUCAUUGAGUGUUUGUUGGUUUCAAUGAUUUCAGGGUUGCUGAUUCUUAUGAUGUGAUGUCAGCAGCAGAGUCCAGGUUUACUUGUAAGGGUAAGAAACUGCUGCAGUUUAUGGGCACUAGUACCUUCUCUGAGUACACCGUGGUAAACCAGAUAGCUGUGGCAAAGAUUGAUCCAGCUGCUCCUCUGGACAAAGUAUGUCUCCUUGGCUGCGGGGUCUGCACUGGUUUUGGAGCAGCAGUUAAUACUGCCAAGGUCAGUAUGUUUGAAUGUAUCCUAUGGUGUAACAUGUAUUUUUGCCAUAAUUUACCUUCUGUGAUGAAUACCUACCAUACCUGUCUGUUAAAAGUAAAGCAUUUCAAACAAAACAGUGACCUCCCAAAUCAGUCUAUCAAGGUUGGUACAGUUAACAAACUGUAAAUGCUGUCAUUUGACAUGUUUUGAAGUCUCCUGGUAUUAUGGCGUACCAGUUAACAAGUUAGAAACCCAAGAUAGACGCCUACAGUUACCCGUUGUUAGCUGUUGUUUAAAAUUGUCAGCUAUCGUUAGCUGUUAACAGUUGUUGUUAGCGGUUGUCAGCUGUUGUUAGCUGGUGUCAGCGGUUGUUAGUUGUCGUUAGCUGUUGUAAACAACGCGUAACACAGUAUUUUACUCUUACAAACACCAUAGCACUGUGUUCACAGUUAGACGUUGGGCAGAACAUCAAGUGUUGAUAAAUAAUACAUUACGAGAGCUCUCACUUUUACUCUUUACUUUUGAUGCACUGCGCUGCCAUCUUAGAUUAUGAAGUUGUCCUCAAGUCAGGGUUGGUGAGGAGCGUCCAAAUUUUUGUCAGCCCCCCUGAAGUCAGAAAUCCUACUUCAGGGGGGCAUUCCCGAUGAAUUCCUGACUCGGAGCUUGGAAUUUCAGACUUCCAAGAACAACUGGAAUGCAGCAUUAUUACCAGUGCCUCAGUUUUUUGAGUCUGUAUCCUGGCAACAGCAUUAUGGAGAAUACAUGCUGAAUACAAGUGUUGUUAUGAUAUGACUGAACUCCCUUGGAGCACAAUAUGGCUGGAAAGCAACUGCCAACAGUUCAAUAUCUGGACAACACAUCCUCUUCUUGACAGUUAUGUGUGAAGAGUUAAACCAUCUCUGGUCUACAAAUAAAGUCAGACCUCCUCCGUUCGUCUAGCUUUAGCAUCUGUUUUUUUGAUCGUAUGAGAGUGCAGCCAGGUAGAUCCACACUGGAGUCCAAGUUGUUUUGAUUCAACCAGGAUUCAAUAAAACGCAGGUGACUGCACCUUGUCUUCACAAGUACCUCCAGUUUGUCGCUUUUGUUGGGCAUAGAGUUGGCGUUUCCCAUGAUGACUGAUGAAAGAAAGAGCUUAUAUUUCAAUGUCCAACCCUUUAACUUUUCCUUCACCUUUGCACCAGCACGGCAACCACAAAAACAUCUCCAGAUAUCUGCUGGAAUUGAAUGUUGUCAUCCAGAUUUGCUCUGUCUCAAUGACAGAAGCUCUUCUCUUGAGUAAACUGUUCUCAGCAGAAAUAUUUAUCAGCAGCCAAAAAACAAAAGUAUCAACAAAUAGAGAAGUUUACUGAGGAGUUCAUUCAGCCUGUCCAUGAUAAAUUUAUAAGACGGUUCAUCUAUAAAGGCCUUUAUAGAUGAACUUCCUUUUGGGGAACAAUAAAGUUCUUAUCUUAUCAAAAAUUGCAGAAAAUUCAGAGAGGCCAGACUUUGCUGCUUUUUGGUUGAGCGCAGGUUCUGGAAUAUGAAAUAAGUAAUAUAAUAUAAGUCCAACAUUGUAACUACAGGUGACACCAAAGAAUAGUUAAAGAUCUGAAUUUCAUCAUUUUUAAAGCAAUGAAAAGUCUAACGUUGCGUGGUAUGUUUAAAUAAUGUGGGUUUUUUUUGGGGGGGUUUUAGGUUGAACCAGGCUCCACAUGUGCUGUGUUUGGACUGGGAGCUGUGGGUUUGGCUGCUGUCAUGGGCUGCCAUAAUGCAGGAGCCAAGAAAAUUAUUGCUAUUGACAUCAAUCCAGACAAGUUUGAAAAGGCCAAGGUGUUUGGAGCAACAGACUUCGUGAAUCCAAAGGAUCACAAUAAACCCAUCAGCGAAGUGCUGGCUGAGAUGACCAAUGGAGGAGUGGACUUCUCCCUGGAAUGUGUCGGGAGUGUGGCAGUCAUGGUAGGAAGACAAAGAGUUUGUCCUAAACCGAUUAAGGAGGAAGAGGGAUGAUUAUGCUAACAGUCUUUGCUGGAGAGUACUGUUAAAACUACAAAAGUAAACAUUUUAUCAAGUGCACUUGUAAUUUGAGUCCACUGACUUUGUGCUGUUUCUCCCCCCAGCGCAGUGCCUUGGAAUCUUGCAUAAAGGGUUGGGGUGUCAGUGUGAUAGUUGGCUGGACAGACAUGUACGAUUUCGCUGCGAAACCCAUCCAGCUGAUAGCUGGACGCACCUGGAAGGGCUCCGUGUUUGGAGGUAAGAUUCAGUCAGUUAUAUGAAAAAACCUUUAAUAUAAAUGUUUCUUUUAUUGUCACAUGUUGCUUUUCUGUUACCUGAACUAUUGGAAGUUUAAAAAGUGAGCUUUUUAACCCUGUGUGAGGAUUUUUAACUAUCUAAGAAUCAGACUGAAGUCAGUGCAGCUAAGGCAGGUGUCUGCUCUGUGGAAAAUAUCCUGUAUUGUACCAGUACCAAAAAUAAAAUGUCCCGCUGAACUAAAUCACUGCAGACCAGUGGCCCUUACUUCACACAUCAUGACACUCCCACUACUGUUGACUGAUGUUAAAACUGAACAUUGAAAUUGAAUCUAAACUAUAUGGCAUAGAGAGAACAAAACUCUUAAGCCUCUAUUGAGAAAAAAAGGCUCCUGUGAAGAUUUCACCAGUGUAUGUUCUCUGUGUGUCAGGAUUCAAGAGUAAGGAUGGUGUACCUGAAAUGGUUAAAGCCUACCUGAACAAGAAGGUGAAGCUGGAUGAGUUUGUCACUCACAACAUGACCUUGGCUCAGGUCAAUGAUGCAAUUGAACUGAUGAAGCAUGGCAAAUGGUUUGUAUUUUUUUUACUAUUUUCAAUCAUUUAACAUUUUCAAACCAGCUACACCAAUUUAAAAAACCCCUCUUAAUCCUGUUUUUUGUUUCCACAGCAUUCGGACUGUCCUGAGUGUUUCCCAACAAUGA